GGGUUGACCAUCCUGGAAAAUUAAAUCUGCUACCCGCAGACAACAACGGUACAGCCUUCCCCAUACUGCCCUGUUUAGUGCCUCAAUCCUAUUUUGAUCGGACUGUCUGGAGGAAGAGUGUACUUUGUUCUUCAUGCUUGUGAAAUUAUCAACCCUUUUGUCAAAAAGGAUGCACAAUCUGGUCAUGCUCCCCCUGCUGGACACUCAGCAGUCUGUUGUGAAGGGAUCCAAACACUGAAUCCCACGUGCCUUUAGCUUGCUGAAGCUGGAGAGAGUUUAGCCAACCAUGGAGUCCGACAGAGGACUGAAUGAAAAUUUAAAAAUCCAGUUUAAGGCUUUACAGGAGCAACAACAGAAGAGGCUACAAAAUGUGAUGGAGAAAAAGAAAGAAAAGCAGCACCGUGAGAAAGGCAGCACCAACAGCCCAAAGGAGACUUUUGGAGUCCAGGAUGAUUUAAACCUAUUUAAGGUAGAUGGACAGCUAUCAAAUGAAGAGAUCAGCAAAAGGUUGCUUGAGGAUGAAAACGAGCAGCUUCAGGAUCAGCUUCGAGAGGUCGUAGACGAAAAUGGCAGACUGUACAAACUGGUGAAGGAGAGAGAUUUUGAAAUCCGGCAGCUUCAAAAGAAAAUAGAGGAGGAGAGAUUAGCCCUGAAAGGGAUGUCUGGUUUAGCAGGGGAUGUUGCAGCUACUAAAAUCGUGGAACUAUCCAAAAAGAAUCGUGAGCUAACUGCUGAGACAGAGAGUGAAAAAGCCAAAGUGAAACAGCUGAAUAACAAAGUCAAAGAGCUUGAAAAAGAACUACAAACAGCCCUGGGAAAAAUCCAGUCUCUUGGUGGCAAUGACUCAGGAAUCAAGCAAUCAGUGUUGAGAAGGAUGGAAGGAAACUCGCCUGAAAGUCCAGAGUUGAAAGCUUUGCAAGAAAAAUUAACUGCAGCCAACUUUAAAGCAAUGGAGUAUCGCAAUCAGCUCCAAACCACAAAACAGGAACUAAAGAUGAUGCAGAAGCUUUUAGCAAGUGAAGUUGGUGAAGAUGUGAAUAUUCAAAAUCUUUUGACCAUUUCUGGCAGUUGGCGUGGACGGGCCCAGCAAAUACUUGUUCUGCAAGGCAAGGUUCGUGAGCUGGAGAAUCAGUUGGGUCAGAGCAAAAGCAGAGCAUCAGUGAAUAAUGUUGAUGAGGAAACACUGGCCCUUACAGAUUCACGGAAGUUGUCAGCCCAAGAGAAAAACCUGUUACGGAUUCGCAGCUUGGAAAAAGAAAAGAAAGAAGCCUUGGAGAAACUCAGUGGGGAACAUAACGCUCUCCAGAAAGAUCAUGAGGAGGUGAAAAAAAAACUGGAUGCAUCAAAAGCCAGGAACAAAGUGCUGUCCAAUGAGGUGAAAGCUCUGAAAGGACAAAUCUUAACACUGCUGGAGAAAGGAAAGCACGACAAUGAGCUCAUAGAUGCCUUACUGAACGAGCAGAAGCAAAUGCAUGAGAUCUUAAAGCACCUGAGCAUGCAGGAUGAGAAGAACAAGGAGUCCCAGCAGAGUCUGGGCCAGCAUUUGAACAGCGAGACUCAGAAACAGAGCAGUCUCAUAGGGCAGCUCCAACAGAUGGUGGCUGAACGAGAAGCCAAGAUUAAAGAGCUGGAGGAGGAGAUGGGACUGCUCGCACUUCAGCAGCAUCAGAAGAAAGAGACCACUGAAGAGGGCAGUUCAGAUGUUGCAGAUACACCAUCAUCAGAGCACUUAGAAGAGCAGAGUUUUACUCUAAUCAAACCACCAGCAUCGGCAGGCGAUCAUGUUGGAAGGAUUGGGUCUGCUCACGCUGUGUCUAAGAUGAGGCACACACUUGUAGAAUCCGCAGCGACAAAGCCUUCGCCUCCAAGUAACAGUGUCACAUCUGGGAGGCUUGCUGACACCGAGAGCCCAGAUCUGAAAGUGUUGCAGACGCAGAUCACAGAAUACAAGGCUCUUUGCCAUGCUGCUGAGGUGGAAAGAGGGAGACUCUCAGAACUAGUCACUGUCCUGCAGAAAAGGGUGGUCGAAAGCAGUGAUAAAGUUUUGGAAACUGAGAAGAAGCUUCAAGAAGAGCGACGUCAAUCAGUCAUUUUGGAGCAGCAUCUUGAAAAAAUGAAAAUGGAUGCAGGGAAGAAUGCAAACAGCCAGAAACCCCUCCCGAGGAACAAAACAGGUCAGUCUGCUAAUAGCUCCAGACAUACCUUGACUGCGAGCAAUAGGAAAGAUCUCACUGCAGCGCAGCUCUCAGAGGUGCCACUAAAAUCUCAAAUAGAAGAACUGACUGCAAGGCUUACGAUCCAGCUGGAUGAGAAUGAAGCCUUGAAGACCGCCCUGGAGAGCACUGUGAACAUGAAAGAAGAAGACUUCAAAUUGUACCAAGAGACAAUGGGCCAGGUGAAGGAGAUCUUCCUACAAGCUUUGAGGCAGCAGAAGCAAGAGAAGAAUUAAAGCAGAACAUUAAAAGUACUUUUAGAUUGCAGCAGAGGGGAAUCCAACAAUGGCGCCAGUGAUUUGAAAUGCAGCCGAGGUGUCAUUAUGUAGCUAUUCUCCCAGAUUGUUUUAUUUCCUUAGCACUUGCAGGAGAGGGUGAGAAAUAUUUCAGCAAAUUCCUGGCGGUAAGAGUCAGCAAGAAAUGAGUUCUCGUAACCUUUUAAUACUGUCCAUGCAAUUGUUUGCACACUAUGGAGCAUCAAUGCUGUAGUCUUAAUAUGGGCAAAACUCCCAUGGGUUGCAGUGGGAGUUUGUUGAAUCAGGCCCUAUAUCUGAAUGCUACUCUAUUUAUCUGUAAAUAUAGAACAUUUUUCACCAUACUGAGUUCAUCCUCAAGUUCUGUUUUAUGAAACCGAGGGGCUAAAGCUAAAUUUCUUUAAGUGGCCAGAAGCAGCACACUGAUAUUUAUCUAAAGUGGAUUUUUUUAAUAGCACUCAUCACUGUGGUACCCAUGCGCUGAACAGGUCGGUUAGCUAUGCUUGCCAGAGUCUGCAAUGAACUUGACAUGGAAUUUGCUCUUUGCCUGUCCUAGGCUCAGUGCUCUGUUUUUGUUGGCUAUGGCAGGAUUGCUUCCGCAGGUAGGUGGGGCUUGCAGGUUACCUCCAAGAUCAGUCAGACUUGCUUCACAGUAAUCUCUGCUAGCUCUGGGCCUCAGCUGAAGAUACCGUAUUGCCUGCUCUCACACAUUUACCAUGCAGUUCAGCUCUUGCUCUCUCUUGGCAUCAACAUCAGCAAAGACACUGAAAAAAACCCAGCCACACUGGUGGGGUCCCCCAACUAACGUGACUAGGAGUUUUGAUCUAAAAAUACUAGUCUCUCUCUUGUAGCCUGGCACUUUAGUCAGCAAGACAAGUGACAUUAGCUGCAAGCCAAUUAGGCAUCAACAGGCAGCCUGCCAGCAUGGAGCCUACAGAAGAGAUUGCCAGCAAAAGUGGAGCAUGGGAACUGGGUACUAAGUGGCUUUUGGGUAGAGUUGCUCCGUUUCUUAACGUUCAAAGCCUUUUUAAAAAGCAGCUCCUCUUCCCUUUCCCAUUAGCUGGCAUGUCUCGUUUUGAUUAAGUGUUUCAUUCCACGGGCAUGAAGGUUGUCUAACGCUAUCCAGAACAGUAGGUGAAAAGAGGAUUCACCAUCAUGCAUUUCAGAAGAAGGCUAUGGACUCACUUCUUCAUUCUGGGAUCAGGUUCUGAUUCCACUUACCCUGUUGUAAGGCUGGAGUAACAAGAGAAGGCAAUGCAGUUAUUCCAGAUUUAGUGAGAUAAAAGUCUAGCCUCUGGUCUCCAGAUCUUUUGGCUGGCAUCAAAAACUCACCCGAGAGAAUUUUUCAGAGUUCCCUAAAGGUUGCAGACCCUAUAAGGAGGGCUCAGUUUUAGGGAGAAUCCCAUUUUUCCCCAACUCAAAGACCUAGAGAGGAUAUUCCAAGAAGAACAAAUACAGGUUCUUAUCAGUGUGCCAACAGCAUGUAUUGUUGAUCUUAAAUAACUUAGACCAGAUCCUCAGGUGGCAUAAGUCAGUGUAGCUCCCUCGAAGCCACCAGAGCUAUGCCAGUUUAUACCUGCUUAGUAUCUGGCCCCACAAGGCUGAGUCAAAUUUCCAGACAUGACCACCAAGAAUGUCUAGCUGUGGGUACAAUGUCUCUUUUACUGGGGUGUGACGGGGCUGCCCGUGGGAGCCAGCUGAGGUCACUCAAUUAGAGUGAACUGCAAACAGAACGGGGCAGACCAACCCCAGAUGCUGGUAGUUAUUCCAAUACUUAGGUUUACCAAGCCAGCACAGA